AUGAGCAGUAGCGGAAACCCUAGCAGUAGCGUUGGAGGAGGAGGAGGAGGACCGUGCGGUGCGUGCAAGUUCCUGAGACGAAAGUGCGUCGCCGGCUGCAUAUUCGCGCCCUAUUUCGACUCCGAGCAAGGAGCGGCGCACUUCGCGGCGGUUCACAAGGUUUUCGGAGCGAGCAACGUCUCAAAACUCCUCCACCAUGUCCCCGAGCAUAAACGACCAGACGCCGUCGUUUCAAUCUGCUUCGAGGCUCAGGCUCGUCUCAGAGACCCUAUUUACGGCUGCGUCUCUCACAUCGUCUCUCUUCAGCAACAGGUGGUGAGUUUGCAAACUGAGCUUUCAUACGUACAAGCACACUUAGCAACUCUAGAGAUGCCACAACCACCGCCAGCUCCGGUGACGUCUUCUGGAUCUCCACCGCCUCUUUCCAUAUCGGACCUGCCCACACUAUCACCGUCGGUGUACGAUCUCUCCUCCAUCUUGGAGCCGAUGUCCUCCACGUGGGCUCUGCAGCAGCAACAGCCUCGACCGUCGGAUAAUUUCUUUGGAGUCCCGUCGCCGUCAAAUAUGGGCGGAGGCGGUGAGCUCCAAGCUCUGGCUCGUGAGUUUCUUCACGGUGGACAAGUGCCAGCUCAUCAGCCACCGUCGGGGACCGGUGGUUCUGCCUCAACAGUGAUAAAACGAGAAUGA